ACAAGAAUGGGAUAGGGUGCAAUGGGAGGAGGGGUGUGUGCACUAAUCACACUGUCCCUGUCCGGCUGUUCUUACCCACACGCUCACGGGAAGGAAAACAAAGAGCCAGAGAUGCGCGUGGAUUUACUGGAGAGGACAACAAAAGAGGAAAGACGAAAGUAACGUCUGAUCAGAUCCGUACGGAUAUGAAGAUCGCGCUGGGAUGUGGCGAUCUGUUGCUGUCAUUUUAAAGAAAUGUAUUAACAUGGAUGUCUGUAUAACUGCUCGUACACUGAUCUGUUCACGUGCACUGUGAGAGUUACACCACGCCACUCUAAUGUUUUUAUUUUUAUGAGGAAGUUUGCUCUGGACACAUUUCAGGAACUCGCUUUUCUUUAUGGAUUAUAUAGGAGAGUGAGACACAUUUGGUUGAAGAUUGAAGGCCCUCGGUGACCCUGCUGCCUGGCCUCAUAUUGGCCAGGUUGCUUUGGUUAAAACAUCAAAACCAAGAUCAGGAUGUCUUCUCAAGAGUCUCAGAAUCUGCCUCAGAAACCUGAGGUUAAACAAAGACCCCCGGUUCCCAUCAAGCCGUCCAAUAAUACCUCAGACACCUCAUCUGUGGAAGGUGCAGCCUCACAGAACUCUGGGAAUGUCAAAAAGAUAGUCAACAAAUUCAGCCAGCCAGAGGCUAAGAUUCCAAGUGGAGAUAUAGCAAAGAGCACCAGCAUAGAAUGUAGACAACAAAGACCUCCUGCAAUAAAGCCUAGACGCAAACCGAAAAGUUCUUCCCCCACCAGUGAUGGCAAGGCACCUCCUCUGCCUCCAAAGACCAGACAAAAUCACAGUGGACAGAAAGACGAGGUGGACUGCCAAGAGAGACAAGAAGGAGCUUUGAGUGCUGUUGAUGGAAGCCGAUCAGCUCCUGAUGGAAAAGAAGGCUGCAAACUGCGAGCAGAGAGGGAUUCCAGCCCUCUUCCAGAGCCUCAGUGUGAGAAGAACUGCGGCUGUAUAUGUCACCUGCAGAGGCCUGGCAUGAAGCUCGUAUGGGUGCCAAUAAGCGAGCAAGAUGAUGAUGAGGGUGAGGAGGAUGAGAUUGAGUACAGUGACACGGAGGACCAGAACGAAAGAGGAGAGGGAGAGAACGAAGACAAGUCAAAUAAGGAGCCGGAGUCUUUGAGUGAGUCAUUAGCUGAAGAUGAGAACAAAAAUGAGGAGCCGCAAAUUAAAAAAGACAAGUUUCAGGAGACUCGUAACCUAAUAGAGCAGCAGCUGAGGAGGAAAUCGGACCCUGGACCUCCAACGUUGAUCGCCUCUGCUGUCUCAUUUCCCCAGACUACUCUAAACGUACCCAAAGACCAGCCUUUGGAGGAGCCAGAGGAGUCCAUCUACGAUGUUAGCCUGGAGGUGGUCACUCCACCCAGACCUCAAAAGGGGCCGGACACUGUAAGCAAGGACACCCCUCCAGCCGUUCCUCCCAGAAUGCCUUUAGAUAACAGGGGUCCUCGCAUUAUUCUGCCUCAGCCUCUGGCACGUCCUUCGUCCCCUCUGCUUCCCCCUAAAAAAGGCAGCCCACCUGCCAGUCCCCGACUGCAAAGACCUGCACCACCUCCACCAGCCAAGACUUAUGAGAACGGAAGACGCCUCAGCAAUUAUUCUCUCAAGUCUAUAGCAGAUGAGAAUGACAGUGCAGGGGCUGAUGGGGAAAAAUGUGGAUCCACUGAGAACUCUAGACCUCCACGAGCCAUUCCACGUCGCCAACAAACUGUUGACUUGGGAGCUGGGGUGCCUGAGGAGCUGUAUCAGUUUUACACAGAAACAUAUAUACACAAGGAGAUCAGGAGGACAGUAUGUCGCAACAUCAGUAAAACCAGCAUGGACUUCCAGAUGGACCCACGCAUUACAUCCAGCCCAGAGAAAGGAGAAACACGUCCCAGAUCCAGUAGUGUUCCAAAUCUCAAGCAGAGCAAUUUAUGGCGGGACCAGUCGGCAGUACGAGACAGUGGGGUCCUGCAGACCCUGAGUCCAGAGGAGUGCAAGUACCAAGAGAGCAUGUUCGAGGUGAUUACAUCAGAAAUGUCGUAUCUGCGCUCUCUGCGUGUGCUAACAGAGCAUUUUAUGGAGUCAAGUGACUUGAAUGACACACUUAUUAACAUGGACAAAAAAAACCUCUUCUCAAACAUUCUGCGCAUCCAAGAGGUCAGCGAGAGGUUUCUAAAGGACCUGGAGGAGCGUCUAGAGGAGAGCGUUAUCAUUUCUGACAUCUGUGACAUCAUCCACUAUCAUGCCCAACAUCAUUUCCCUGCGUAUAUCGACUAUGUUCGAAACCAGAUUUAUCAGGAAAAAACCUAUAGUAAUCUAAUGCAAUCUAACACUCAGUUUGCGACCGUAAUCACCCGACUCCAGGAGUCGCCCAUUUGUCAGCGACUGCCCUUUAUGUCCUUCCUGUUGCUGCCCUUUCAGCGAAUCACACGCAUUAAAAUGCUCAUCGAGAACAUCCUAAAGAGAACGGCUGUUGGGACAGAGAAGGAGCAGACAGCAUCUAAAGCUCUGGACUCUGUGUCCAAGAUCAUUGAAGAAUGUAAUACUCAGGUUGGAAAAAUGAAGCAGAUGGAGGAACUGAUUCAGAUUAAUGGUAUGCUGGAGUUCGACAAACUAAAGGCGGUGCCAAUUAUCUCUCAAACACGUUAUUUGGAGAAACGAGGAGAACUGCAGGAAGUAAACAGAGGAGGGACAUUCUUGAACCUCCGCCCCAAAUUCAGCCCCGUCUACCUCUUUCUCUUCAAUGACCUACUUGUUAUUGCCAGCAAGAAAAGUUCUGAGCGGUAUGUAGUCCUCGAUCAUGCCCAUCGCUCCCUGGUCCAGGUGCAGCCUUUUGGGGAGGUCACAUCUGUCCCCAGCCUGGAGCACUCCUUCUCUCUGACUCUGCUGGAGAAUCACCAGGGACGCCAGAUGGAGAGAGUUGUCAAAGCUCCUACACAAUCUGACCUGCACAGGUGGUUGGCAGCGUUCCCGAAUCCAGAUGACUCCAACAAUGAUCACGAAGAAGUCAUAUAUGAAGACUGGGAUUGCCCUCAGGUGCAGUGUGUGGAGCAGUAUGUGGCAAACCAAACAGAUGAAUUAAAUCUGGAGCCCACAGAGAUCAUCAAUGUCGUGCGCAAAUCUAACGAAGGAUGGUAUGAGGGAAUCCGUCUAUCUGAUGGACAGAAAGGCUGGUUUCCUGAAGCAAACGUACUGGAGAUCACCAACGAGCACGUCCGACGACGCAACCUCCGAGAGCGAUACCGUGUUAUCCAGGCUGCCGGCAUUGUCGCCAAGACUCGAAGUAUACCAUAGACUAAAUAAACUGCAUCCUGGCAGUUCGAGAAUUCCUAAAAUGGGAAUAGGCUUUUAAACUGUAGAUGUUUGAUACAGACUCAAUAUGGACAGGAAGUGUUUUGAUGUGUCAUCCUUUUCAGGAUCGGAAAUACAAUUCUGUUGGAAUUUUAAAUAAAGAACAUGGGAAAGUCAGUGUUGUAUGGCUUGGUUUUGUACAACACAAAAGCCGCUUUGGCGCUUGUUUAAGUAAAUCUCAUUUAAGUAUGUCCGUUUUAUUCAAAUGUUCAGUUGUUUUGGAUCCUAAUAUGGAAUGUACAUUGUUUCAGAAACACGUGUGUGUGUGUGUGUGUAUAUACUGGUAUAUGUGAGUCUGUGCGUGCUUGUAAUGUUUAGUACUUCUUUCAAGAACUUCAAGCUACUGAAAUUCCAGUUGAGCAAAGCAGAUGGGUUAAAUGGUGCAGUCAUGUGUCACAUAAUAACAUAUCACAUGAACUGAUUGGUAGGUUGGUACAAAAUAUCACAUGCACUGAUCAAGAUGUGUGCCACAAACCUGCAUGACUAGUCUUCAGUUUUUAAUGGAAGCACCGAAUGUGUACAAAUCAGCUUGUGUUUACUAUUAACAAAAUGCUUUAUGCUUUGGUACAUUAAAAUUACAUGUUUUUAUACAGUUGGACUGAUAAAUUGAUAUUUCCAACCUAGCCAGAAAAAAAAGUCUACCGAUCAUCAUUUACUCAUCAUGUCCUUCUAAACCUGUAUAACUUUGUCUUUUGUAGAAAAAAGCAAAAUGGUUAUACUGCUCUUUUCUAUUUAGAAUGACAUGAAAGGAAGUAAAUUAGUUUUUCAUCUCUGAGUUAAAAACCCAGUGUCACAUUUGAGUGUCAUGAUCUGCUCCAGAUAUUAAACACUUGUGUUUCAUGCUUAGAAUUUGCUGACUUCUCAGAAAUGGCAUAUUCCAGUGUGUACACUUUCUCUGAAUGUGGAAUGCUCCAUUAAAGCCACACCUCUUGUUUUGUGAGACUGUUUGGAUGUGUGGGAAUGGGAGUUGGUGUACA